CUUGGAUCUCUCGCCGAUAAAAUGCACGUUCACCUGCCUCUCUCCUCCCACCGACGUGCCGUGUCGCCCGCGUAGCCCGCGUUCAAGAGACAUCUGUGUGCAGGACGCGCGUGCGUUGAUACGUGAGCUCCGCCGCCGCCGUCGUUGUCGUCGUCGUCGUCUCGUCGGGUGCUUUGGCCUCAGACCACUCGCAAAAUCAGCUCGCGACCUUUUGUUUUACAGCCGACGGUGGUUAUAUAAUUAUAUUUUCGACGUUAUCGAUACAUCGAUUCCGAUAGUGGCGUGCGUAGAAGUAGAGCCGAGAGGAGGACCCGUCGUAGCUGCUCGAGAGCUUGAGUGACAGAUAAGCUGAUUCGAUUAAAAUGAGUUCAAGUGCAUGUUACAAAUGUAACCGCAUGGGCCACUUUGCACGGGAAUGCCCACAAGGAGGUGGAGGUGGAGGUAGAGGAGACCGCGGCCGUGACAGGGAUGGUUUCGGCCGUGGACGAGAGAAAUGCUUCAAGUGCAACCAAUUUGGACACUUUGCGCGCGAGUGCAAAGAGGAUCAAGAUCUUUGCUACCGCUGCAAUGGUGUCGGACACAUUGCGAAAGACUGUCAGCAGGGGCCGGAGUUGAGUUGUUACAAUUGCAACAAGACUGGUCACAUGGCGCGUAGCUGCCCGGAGGGCGGCAACGAUUCCGGUCGCUUUGCCAUGCAAAGCUGCUACAACUGCAACAAGACGGGUCAUAUCGCUCGCAACUGCACCGAGGCUGGUGGCAAGACUUGCUACAUUUGCGGCAAGACCGGUCACAUAAGCCGUGAGUGCGACCAGGACGACAGGAAGUAGGAGAUAACUGAAAUCCGUGCCGCUCGCUUAACGAUAACGAUAAGCUGUUUACCGUCACGCUCAUUGCUACCGAGAAUUACAACUAGGUAGGGAUGUGCAGACCUAUGUCUCGUUGACGCGUAUAAUGUGCGGAUGACAUGUGCCGUCGUCGUCGUCGUCGUCGUCGUCUUCUUUCAGCCGCUGUCGUCUCUCUUCAGCCACUAUGAACGUCGACGUCGCCGUCGGCACUCAUCCUCGUCGUCGUCGUAGUCGUUCGGAUUUCCAUCUCUCCAUGCUCCAAACUCCCGGAGGCCAUCCAAGCCCUCCUCCCCCUUAUCCCCAAUCUCCUUACCUUCUCUACCCACCGUUGUUCUCUUCGCAAGGGUUUUUCUUUUUUCUUAAUGAUGUCUUUAAGUUUUUAUUGCUGUUACACUGACACACACACACACACAAACACAUAUAUACACACAUACACGCGUACUGUGCGCGUGUUACACACAUUUGACAUAUGAUUAUUACUCCUCUUCUACUACAUACGUGUGCGUGAACGCAGGGUAAUACGUCCGACGUUUUUACCACGUUACACGUUCAUGGUAUACACAAUGGUAUACAGACACAUACAAUCACACGCAUUAUUAUACAUACACGUAUGUAAUAAUAUUAUAAACAUUCGAUUGAAUUAGAGUAGAGACAUGAGUCCUCUGUCCCCUGACUUUCGAACUGUCUCGUACGCGCAUUGUUUUCCGAUGCAAGAUGUAUGGAUACUCGGGAAGCUCACACGUGGUCUCGCGAGGUGUCGGCGCAUAUUUGCGCGGUGUAAGCCGCGUCACUUCCUUCGUACACGCGCUCCCUCGGCGACUCUCGCAUUUGUACAAUGAACAAGUUUUAAAUUUUGAAUAACUGAGUAGAUUGACAACAUGACAAAAGGAUACCAAAAAAAAAUGGGAUAGGCUGCUGCUAGUUAGCGCCCGUUGAGAGAGGGACGUCUCGCUAUUGACACUGGCACAGUGUGACUCACGUCGCAUCACUUUUCGCAUCCACGCAUCUUGUAUUCUCCGGUCCUCCCUCUCGAACUCUCUAGCCGACACUCACAAAGAAAAAAAGAAGUAAUUCGAAAGCGAAAGCGGGAAUGGAAAGAGAAAGCGAGAACACAUGCCGGCCCUGAAUGCAUAAAAAUAAGAUUUAGUAACGCUAAUUUUUAAUGUGUAAGGAUGUAAUGAGGAUCUUGCCGAGCUGUUACUACGUCAUUUUUCUUUCAGUUUCUUAUAUUUCCAUUUACUUUUAUCAUUUUACUUACACCAGACUCGUUCAAUUCCGUCGUACGCGGACGGACGAACGGACGUACGGACAAGAAAGCGAAACAUAGUUGUAGGAUUGUCAGUGUUUACGGGUUUAUAUACAGUUGUACUGGGUCGUGUCCCCUGACUUCGACGAAGUAGGGCGAGGAAGAGAAAGAGAGAAAUAGAUACACGCGCUUUCUCUAAACACUAAACGGAAAGGAAGCAUCGAGAUUUAUAACCAGUAUAAGUACGUUUGAAAAGAACGAUUAUUACAUCGAUAUGUAUGUAUAUAUACAUAUAAACACCGUGGUCUGUACAAGAGUUGGCACAUUUUGUACGUACAAUCAUAUAAUUGUUAAUAACGCGACUAUAGUUCAUAUAGUUCAUACCGUCGCCCGACUGUUGACGGACUUGAGAUGAGAGGAGCCCACACUGGAUUGUACCAACCUUACUAUAUCCUUACAUGUUGCUGAAAAUACUUCGUUACUAGGUAUAUGUAUAUAUAUAUGCGCAUAUGUGUAUACAUAUAUUUAUGCAUAUGUGCUGGAGCUGUAUUUUGUACUGUAAAAAGCUAGCUAUACUCUGGUCGUUGCUGGUGGCUAAUUCCGAUGUUAUUCUAUAUUGUACACGCGAGAUUAUAUUUUUCAUUCAUGUGUAGAUACUACAUGCUGGUGAGUCAGACUUUUUUAUUUUUUUUUUUUUUUUUUAAUAUUACUAUUUCUUGCUCGUGUAACUUAUAUGUUGUAAGAGCAAAAUUUGUAGAUACGGCAAAAGAGACAAUGAACGAAGGAAGAAAAAUACUGACAAAAAAAUUGAUGAUUGAUGGAGAAAUGACAUGGCAAACUACAAAUUUGUCUAUUCCCUGCCAAGGCAGGGACGACCAUUUAUGUUUGACGCGAGUACAAAGCGAAAUUUUUCCUAAAAGAGAACAUCAAGAGGUGUAAGAGAAACGCGAGCGCGUGUAUAGCCACGCGAUGAAAUCACGUUGGCCAGGCCGCGACUCAAGUUCGAUCGCAGCGUGCAGUGUUCAUAAAAAUUAAAAGAAAAAAAAGAUUCAACGCGAGCAACGUAAUUAGGGUAAGAGAAGCGUUUUUAGAAUUCUGACUACUUUCAAAAUAUACCGGACCAUACUCACGCUAACACAACGCGACACAUUACAGUAUCCUCGACAUCUUCGCAAAUAAACGGCGAGUCUUUGUUUAGUCCGAAAGAUGAACACGUGGACGGAUUGUGCGUGCGCGUGCGAAUCACCUCGAUGAUUCUGAAGAAGAUUAUGAGGAAGAAGUAUAAGAACUCGCGAAGAAUCCUCGCACGAUUCGUCCGCGUGCGAGCUCAAAGGUGGUUUUACCAGCAGCGACAAUUGUGUAUUUAACGUUCAGAAGCCAGGCGUGCCUGACUAUCUCGGUGGAAGGAAGACCCGGGUCGACGCGGCCCGUGGUGUAAUUUCGCGGUAACCCAGGUGUCCUGCAAAAGUAACAAUUUUAUACACUUAAUUACACACUCUGUUCGAGACUUAAUGCCGGAUCUCAUUGCGUAGUUUCGGUGUGCUAGUACUCACGACGAGACUUGGAGAGGAUCAAAUAAAUUGUACUUCGCGCUAUAUCGGACUGCGACGUUUCUCUGGUGCUACCAGUGCGUGGACUUGUGUGUCUUUGUGCAUCAAAUUCAGCAGAAAUCGAGUGUCUGCAAGACAUACAUGAAAGAUUAGGACGUCUUUCGGACCAGCAUGUACCACGUUCAAUCAUCUAGAUAUUUUUUAUCGCGAAUAGAAAUUAAUCUAAGUCUUCGUGUAAUUAAAAUUCGCUGCUUUUCGCUGGAAUCGAAGAAAGUUAGAGAAAAAUAAGUUUGUAUCAUAAUUUUGUAAUCCCGUACGAUAGGCGUCCUAAUUUCUUCUCGGACUUCUCUUCUCGAGAUCUUCGAUCUUUCCGGAGGAUACAUUUCAUAUUGAGGAUAUGCUGUAAAGUACUUGACCCUUUAUUUCUAAGUCUUAGCAUUAGGAGAGACAAUUUGUAGAUUAAAUUGAGAUUGAAGAUACAUUUUUCGAAUGCUACCUUCUCAGACGUUUUUUCGUGUUGUCUGGCUGGGAACGUUUGUUAGUGAAAACGUUUGUCGAAGGGUGUGAACGUCGUGUCAUUUCUGUGUAAAUGCAUGAUGUAUAUUUACUGAACGAUAUAUAAUAAGCCUGAUUAUAUCACAGGCGCAUGAUCGUUUGCCUUUCGCGAUCACAGUCCGGUUACACCGGCAGCACCAGAGAUUCAAAAAAAAAAACGAGCAUAAAUAAUUAUAUGAAAAAUAUGAAAAAGGAGUGCGAUUAGGGCACCUGCGCUUUUGUCUCUGCUACAAGACUUACGUACGAAUAUUGUAAAGAAUACGACUGUUACACAGUGUAUGAAUUUAAUUCGACCGGCGGCGCACGCCGGGUCCACGACUCGACUUAUAUAUUAAACUAAUCUAUUAAUACUUAAAAAAACAAACGAGAGAGAGUGAGAGAGAGCGAGAAAGAAAGAAGGAAGAAGACAAGGAGGAUGAAGAGGAAGAAGUGAAAAGGAAAAAAAAACAAAUGAGCUACAAACUAAUAAAAGGAUUGUGAAGUAUUCGAAGUUAUGUUUUUAAACUGAAUUUUUGAAAUAGAAUGUGUAUGGAGAGGCAAA